AUGUCUCAGUAUGAACAUACCUCACUAUGGUGGCCCGAGGAGCGCAUCAAAUCCACCCUCAGUGCAAAGUACAUCGUCAGUCGCCUGCGACCAGAAAAUAUUCCCCGCCUCUUUGAACUACCGGACUGGGGUGAAGGCUUGACCAGCGAGACGUACAUGGAAUGGAUCCUCACCAAGGCUGGCCGUGUCUUUAUGAUCCUCGACGCUAUCGGCAUUCCCGAUCGGAUCUUUGCGCUAGUCGACGAAUCGUGUGACGAUGAUGAUCUACCUGUCGCCGAACAUAGUAUCGAUUUACUACACUUAUCCCCGCAUGGAGAAGAUCUCGCCCUCGAGACGAGUUUCUUUCAUGCGCAAUGGCGGUUCCUGGUCCGUGGUAUAGCGGAGGGAGAGCAUGUCGUCUAUACCGAGAACGAAGGCGUUCCUGUCGAGGCUGUACGCACCAACACCAGCAGCGGAAUACACGGACGUGAUGAUACGGUAGAUAGGGUAGUCCUCGCCGGCUCGGUCUGUCGAGUUUACAUGCGGACCCAAGUGCAAGUCGGCGGUGCACCAUACUUCUUCUCGUCCGACGAGGUUCUCGCUGAGAUCCACAACCUGAAAAGCCUGUCCCAUCAGCAUAUCGUCUCUGUCUACGCCUCAUAUCUGAAAGACGACAGCGUCUCGGUGCUCUUCACUGGCGCCACGGCAGAUCGAAACCUACACAGCUUCCUCACAGACGAGCCGAUGUCCUUCAAACGGCUAGACAAAGAACAACGCCGACAGAUUUUGAUCACCUGGCCCCACUGCCUUGCAUCUGCAGUCUCCUGGCUGCACGCACGCGGUCACUCCCACGGCGCAAUCCGCCCAUCCAACAUCUUUGUCGACGCGAACUUUCAUAUCUGCCUCGGUCAAUUUCAAGCACUCGACUCCCUCUUAGCUCCGCCACAUGUCAACGACCUCGAAGCAUAUAAUUACUCUGCACCAGAGCGCUGGACUCGUUCCCCAGCUCCGGUCGUCCCGCAAAAGCCACCACAGCCCGCACAGACACUACAUCCCUCGGGAGGACGUACGAAGCGCAGACAACGGCCAGCCCGUCUAGUGCUAGCCCCAUUGAACGAGAGCGAAAGCCCACCUGUUUCUCCAGACCACACGAUUCCAGACUCAGCCGGCUCGAAAAGAACAGUCAUCCGCCUAGGCUUACCGGGCUCACCGUCACGUUUCUCAUUCGCCUUCUCAUCCUCCUCUUCAUCCUCAGAAUCUUCAGCAGCCUCUUCCACCCACACAGAUGCAACUGCAGCAUCACCGCAAGCAAAGAUACACCGCUUCUCAUCAUUCUUGUCCCGCAGAACAAGAAAUACCCUCCCAACCCCAUCAAUAGCCUCAACCUCCACAUCCUCCUCCUCAAACACAUCGACCUUAACAUCCCCAAAUCCGCAACAGACCUCAACAAUCCUCUCUCCAAAACCCCCCUCCUCCCUCCGCCACUCCAAAUCCGCCCAAUCCCUAGCACCAUCCUUCACCAGACCACAAACCUCCCACUCCUCAUCACCAAAUCCCCACGCCCCAGCAGACAUAUUCUCCCUAGCAGCGACAACCCUCGACAUCCUAACAACCCUACACAAAAGAACCCUCACGUCUUUCAGCGCGCACCGCAGUGCCCGCAACCGGUCCGCAGGCCGCGGCGGCGGAAUAGCAGAUGCAAGCUUCCAUCUCGCGCGGAAUGCCGUGCAAGUCCAGUCAUGGAUUGCGCUAUUAGAGGGCGAUGCGCUGAAACGGUGUCGACGGGAUCGACGCUCCGAUCGUACUUUCUGGGCUGUACCGCGGAUGUUGAUUGUUGUGCGUGCUAUGCUUGAUUUGGAGGGUGGGAAGAGGCCGCUUGCGAAGCGGGUUAGGAGGGGGUUUGCGGAUGCUAUUGCUAGAGGGAGGAGAGGGGGGAAUAUGGAUGGGAUGGGGGGUUUGCAUUGUAUUAAGGAGAAACGGGUUGAGGGGGGAGAGAAGGUCAGGAAUGGGGGUUUGGAGGCUGUUCGGGAGAUGGGGGCGGGGAGUGCUGCUUCUGUGUCUUCGGCUCCAUUGGGAUUUUCUGAGUCGGGGUCGGUUUCGGAGUUUGAUUUUGGGUUUGGGGAUGCUGGGAGUGGGAGUGGGAGUGAGAGUGAGAGUGAGAGUACUGUUGAAGAUGGAGAUUUGCUUGACGUUGAUAUUGAGGAAGAAGAGGAUGUUUCGGAGGUCGGAGAGCCUGAGAAACGUGUGGAGCAGGUCUUGCCUCAGCUCUAUCUGCCGGAGUUGGAUAUGAACAUCACUGGGAUAGAAGGUCUGUCGUUUAAUAAGUAG